CCUCCUACUUCCACGUUUAUCCUACUAACAAACCGUCACCACUCUCUCUCAAACAUUUCUUCUAUAUUCUCCAACAAAAUCCAAAUUUACUUUCAGUUAAUUCUUGAGGAACUUCUUGGAUUCUUCUCAAUUCUAAGGAAAAAAGAAGUUUUUCUGUGGGAAGUGACAAAAGUGGACCAUGAGCAGGUCUAGGAGGUUCUUGGAUGCUUGUGAAAGUUCAAGGAGAGAUGGGAUACAACAUAUUGAUCAAAGAGGUGAUGGGGGAACAAGUUCUCUUGAUCAUGAAAUUUCCCAGCUCACAAAGAUUAGGUCACAACCCCACGACGGAAUGACACAGCUGCUUCCUCGCAAGGCAAAAGGACCAGUUUCACCUAUUAAAAUGUUGGCUGCUAGGGAAGGGAAUUAUACAGGCAGAGGAAGAUUUUCAUCAUCUGACUGUUGUCAUCUCCUGAGUCGGUAUCUUCCAACCAAGGGUCCUUCUGUAGUUGACCAAAUGAGGAGCUGUGCUUACGUUUCACAGUUUUCAGCCGAUGGUUCUCUUUUUGUUGCGGGAUUUCAGGAAAGUCAUAUUAGGAUAUAUAAUGUUGAUCAAGGAUGGAAAAUCCAGAAGGAUAUUCGAGCAAAAAGUUUAAGAUGGACAAUCACUGAUACAUCGCUUUCUCCUGACCAGCGUUUCCUUGUUUAUUCCAGUAUUUCACCCAUUGUCCAUAUUGUUGAUGUUGGAUCUGGUAUGAAACAGUCUGUUGCAAAUGUUACGGAAGUUCAUGAAGGCUUGGAAUUUUCUUCCCUUACCGAUGAUUAUGACGACUAUACAUUUGGAAUAUUCUCUGUGAAAUUUUCUACUGAUGGGCGGGAACUUGUUGCUGGCAGCAGCGACGAUUCAAUAUAUGUUUAUGAUCUUGAAGCAAGAAGGCUAAGUCUUCAAAUUCCAGCUCAUAAGUCUGAUGUUAAUGCUGUAUGCUUUGCUGAUGAAACUGGACACCUCAUAUAUUCUGGAAGCGAUGAUAGCUUGUGUAAGGUUUGGGACAGGCGUUGCUUUGGUACUAGAGGACAAGCAGCCGGGAUUCUCAUUGGACAUCUAGAAGGAAUUACAUAUAUUGACACUCGUGGAGAUGGCCGGUAUCUUAUCUCAAAUGGGAAAGAUCAGGCUAUCAAACUCUGGGAUAUAAGGAAAAUGUCUUCCAACAUUAAUUACUCCCCAAGGCCUAGAAGUUAUGACUGGGACUACAGAUGGAUGGACUACCCGGAGCAUGUUAGAAACAAGAGACACUCACAUGACCUGUCAUUGUCUACUUAUAAAGGCCACUCAGUCUUGCGCACUCUUAUACGCUGUUAUUUCUCUCCUGCUCAUAGCACAGGGCAAAAGUUCAUCUACACUGGAUCAAGCGAUUCUUCUGUUUAUAUCUAUGAUGUGGUGAGUGGAGCUCAGGUUGCAAGACUUGAUUACCAUCAGGAACCGGUGAGAGAUUGCAACUGGCACCCUUACCACCCUAUGCUCAUUAGCUCUGCAUGGGACGGUAUCAUUGCUAACUGGGAGUUUCCUGGUACUGGUACAAGCCCAUUGCCAGUGAAGCCACGGGCCAGACGAUGGAGGCGAUCUUAAAUUGCCACUAGCUGCAUGCAGAAAGAUGUUUUUGGAGUACACUGAUUGGAAUGUGCAAUGCUUAAGUCUGUCCAUGUUCUUUCUGCAUUGGGAAAUGUUCUUCUAUGUACAUGUAUAAAUUUGCAUUCCCGUUGUCCCUAACGGGAUAGUCCAAUGGCCAAUAGGUCAGAACUGUAAUGUCACGAGUUCGAAUCCUAAUAGUUCCCUAAUUGGGCAUUCCCAAUACAGACUGUUACUAUUAUGUGAAAAGAGAUUAUUGUGCUGUGAUUCUAGUGAGUUGAUAUUACGAGUGUUAUUGAAGAUUUUGUGAAAUAGUCCUGUGAAAAA